AUUGUGUGUAAUCCACCAGCUGCUGAGAUGUAAACAACGCACUGUAGCACUGAUUGUGCCGGGAUUAUCAUCCGUAGUAAAUACGACAGUAUACAGCUGAUGGGAGGGUGAUGAUAGCUGGUUCACCGCUUAUAUCCACCUUUGUCUAGAGCACGAAUUAAGAUAUAUGUAUGUAUAGGUGUAUCUUAAUUUGUGGUCUAGGGCACAAUUUAAAAUAAUAUCUUGUUUUAUAUCUGCGUGGGUAUCAUUUAUUUGUCCUUAAUAUUAUCACAAGUAAAAGAUAUGGCGGCAAAAAUUAUUCAUGACUGAUAAAACUAUAUUUUGUUUGUCUCCAUUGAGAAUUUAAGUAUUGACCACUUUCAUCCAAUUCAAUAAUUUCGCUGUAUUCAAAUUUAAAUUUAUCGUAUUAACCUUCUUUAGUACCCAUUUAAUUAAGUAAGUAUACGUGUAAUAAGUAUCAACCUAAUGUUUAUAAACAAAUCAAUACAACUCGAAUUUGAAUUUAAUAUCAAUCCUAUCAGUACUUUUACGUUCAUUAAAGUACUUAACCUAUAGUUAAAAUAUUAAAUUUUAUUUGUUUUUAGAUAGCAUCUGCCUUCAAAAUUUAAGAAGAUGGAGGAUUUUUCUGACUCACCUAUAGAGUGGGAGAGUGAAUUGUAUGAAGAUCACCACCAAAAUGAAAAAUGGACUUUAAAACAUAACAUCAUGUUAUUAAUAGACGCGUCAGAAUCAAUGUUUAAUACAUUUGGUAACUCAACUUUUUUUUCUACAAGUGUCAAUAUAUGUAAAACUAUUGUAAUGAAACUUAUAAGAAAGGGCGGAAAUGAUAAAAUAGGCAUUAUGUUAUUUGGGACAAAUGAUAUAAAUAAAAAUGGUCCAAAUUGUAUUAAAAUAAUAAGUGAACCAAGAAAACCAACAAUUGAAUUUAUAAAAAAGCUUGAUGAUCUUAUGUCAGCUAAUAAAACUAGAUAUGGACAGUCUCCACAUACACCACUAGCAGAUGCUUUGUGGUACAGUAACUAUUUGAUUAAAAAAAUCAAAGAAAGUCAAAGCUGCAGUACUAUCAUGAUCAUUACAUGUAAUGAUCAACCUAAAGUUGGUGAUUCUAAAAAACAAUUUAAUCUAAGAAAAAGAUUGGAUGACAUUGUUUUUAAUGAAAUUGAUUUUAAACUUAUUCCUAUUGGAGCAAACUUCAACAUGAAACUUUUUUAUGAUGAUUUUUUUAAAAACUAUGACAGUAUUAUCAAACCUACCAAUGGGUUAGAAAAUGUAGAUGAUAUUCUGUCAGAAAUUUAUGAAAAAAUAAAACAUGGUAGAUGUAUAUCAUCAGUACAUUUUUUUCUCAAUGACAAUAUUUAUUUUGGUGUUUCAUUGUUCAAUUUUUAUACAAAAUCAAAAAUUCCUGCAAAAGUUAGAUUGGAUAGAAGAAGUAAUAAACCCUUAUUAUCAAAUAACCAAGUAUUAGACAUAGACACCAAAGAGGUAAUAUAUAAAUCAGAAUUAGCAAAAUAUUGUUUAAUUUCACAACAAAAAAUAAUAUUUAAAAACGAAGAUAUUUCAGUUUUAAAAAGCAGCAUCAUAGAGCCUGGUAUUAGAUUACUAGGUUUUACAAAAAAAGAAAAAAUUUUAAUAUCAUACCACUUCAAAACAUCUACUUUUAUUCGACCCAGCAAUAAAGUAGUAGAAAGUAGUUCAGUUUUAUUUAAUACUUUACUUGAGUCUUUGAUAGAAAUGAACAAAAUAAUUUUGUGUUUCAUAAAAGUUCGUCAUGGAGGUAGACUACAUUACGCUGCUCUGAUACCUCAAGCUGAAAUUGUCGAUGAACACGGUACACAAAGAUAUCCAUCUGGUUUUCAUGUUUUGUAUUUACCAUUUUCAGAAUGUAUCAGGCAAAUCAAUAUACAAUUGCAUAAUGAUGUCAAUAUUACAGAACAACAAAUGUCGAUUGCAAAUAUGUUAUGUGAAAAAAUGUCUAUUAAUUAUUGUCCUGCAAUGAUUAAAAAUCCUAAAAUAAAUUUCCAUUGGGCAAUGUUGGAAGCAAUAGCAUUGGAACUAGAAAUUCCAAAUGUUUUAGAUGAAACAAUGUUAGCAAAUGAUUCAAAUGAAAAUAAAUUGUGUACUUUGAAAAAUCAAAUUCAUGAACAAUUUUUCCCAAAUGGAUAUAAUGAAACCAAAGCUAUUUCAAAGAAAAGAGAAACUUCUAGCUACAAUGCUAAAAAAGUAACGAAAAAAAUAAAAAAAUAAUUGAAUCAUCAAAUCGUUGAUAAAUAAGGUACAAUUUUUUUUUAAGAAAUUACUAAUCAAUUAUAUUUAUAUUGUUAA